GGAAGACGAAGAGGGCGACGUUUCGGCCCAAAAGUGAUAAUGGAUGAAGAGUGCGGCAGUUCCAAAAAUGAUAAGAUUUGUGUCGGGUCGGUUACGCCCUUUUCGAUUAACGAUAUUUUGAAACACAACAAGUGCAAGGAGGAGGAAAUGCAAGAGAAGGCCCUGGAUAUGUCCAAAGCCAGCAAAACACAAGAACCUUUGUCCGGAAUCGCGACCCUCUCCCCGGACUUCAUCCCGGCAAGCCAAUCCGAGGAGUCCGGUCGCGACCCCAGCCAACCCGGACGCAAGAAACGCUCACGCGCCGCUUUCACUCACGCGCAAGUCUUCGAAUUGGAGCGCCGUUUCAGCCAGCAGCGCUACCUCAGCGGUCCUGAAAGAGCCGACUUGGCCCAAGCCCUGAAACUCACCGAAACCCAAGUGAAGAUCUGGUACCAGAAUCGGCGCUACAAGACGAAACGGAAACAACUCCAGUUGCAGGAAAGCUCGAUGAUGAACCAAAACGCCCGGAAAGUGGCGGUCAAAGUGCUGGUCAAGGACGACGUGCCGCUUUUCCUGCAACAGAAAGGGCCGGUGUACCAGAAAGGCGCGUUUUAUGCCGAGCCCAAAGCUGAUUUUUUCAUUUAUGAUCAGCUGAAAGGGGGGCUGCCGAAGUAUCCGAAGAGUUUGCACGAGUCGAUGCUGAGUCUGUGUCAGCAGUAUUCGAAUUCGAUGCAGUUGUUUCCGUAUUUUAAUUAUUACCAUCCGGCGAUUGUGGGCGGGUUGGGGCAGCAGGAGGACGAGGGGGAGGGCAGGGAGCAAAAUUGAGGGGGAAAAGUGAAAGGUUGAGGUGUUUUACUUUGUUUAAAUGAGGAUCAAGUAACUCUGCUGCGAAAAAAUUAAUUCAAUUAUUUAGAAAAAAAUUGAUUAAAAUUCUUAUAACUUAUUCAUAAAAACAAAAUUUCAAUAAAUUAUUAAAAACUAAAUAAAAAUGUAUAGUCAAACGCAAAAAAAUGGACAACACAUGGGUUAAGUAUUUCUUUGUAACUGAAAAUUUUUAACAAUGAAACUGUUGCUAUGCUUUUACAUUUUGAUGUUUUUAUUCUGGAUUUUUGAAUGUUUUUACUUUUGAAUUCGAUUUUUUGUUAAUAUUUAGGUGUCUUACGGACCUUGAUUUUAAUUAUUUUCAAAUUAAAAAAGUAUUUGUUAAAGUAGAUUUAAAGAAAAAAGUAUUUGCAAGUGUCAAGUUGAGAUGAGUUGCGCUUUAUUAAAAUUGUUUGAUAGUUAUAGUUUUUACAAUUACAUUGAUGUAACAAUAAAACUAGUCACUAUUUUAAUAAAGCGGACUAAAAGAUCGCUUCCAGAUCCAGACUACCUACAAACUUUUAAUUAUAAAAAAUAUUUUCUAGAGAGAUUUUAGA